AUGGCUUCUUUAGUAUCUUCAUCAUUUACUCUACCAAGCUCUAAACCUGACCAGCUUCAUUCUCUUGCCCAGAAGCAUCUUUUUCUUCAUUCUUUCCUUCCCAAGAAGGGUGGUUAUAAUGGUAGUUCAAAAGCCUCUCUGAGAGUGAAGUGUGCUGCCAUUGGCAAUGGUCUAUUCACCCAAACCACCCCAGAAGUUCGUAGAAUAGUUCCAGAGAAUGACCAAAACUUGCCAACAGUUAAAAUUGUGUAUGUGGUUCUUGAGGCUCAGUACCAAUCAUCUGUCACUGCUGCAGUCCUGGCUCUCAACAGUAAAAGGAAACAUGCUUCCUUUGAGGUUGUGGGUUACUUGGUUGAGGAGCUUCGAGACGCGUCAACGUAUCAGACUUUCUGCAAGGACUUAGAGGAUGCUAACAUCUUCAUUGGGUCUUUGAUUUUUGUGGAGGAGCUUGCUCUCAAGAUCAAGGCCGCAGUGGAGAAAGAAAGGGACAGGCUUGAUGCAGUUUUGGUGUUUCCAUCAAUGCCUGAAGUUAUGAGGCUUAACAAGUUGGGUUCUUUCAGCAUGUCACAGCUUGGGCAAUCCAAGAGUCCCUUUUUCCAGCUUUUCAAGAGAAAGAAGCCUCAGUCUGCUGGCUUUGCUGACAGCAUGUUGAAGCUGGUGAGGACAUUGCCAAAGGUUUUGAAGUAUUUGCCAAGUGAUAAAGCUCAGGAUGCCAGGCUCUAUAUACUGAGUCUGCAAUUUUGGCUCGGGGGAUCUCCUGAUAACUUGCAGAAUUUCCUGAAAAUGAUUACUGGAUCUUAUAUUCCAGCACUGAAAGGUGCGAAGAUCGAGUAUUCGGAGCCGGUUCUGUACUUGGACAAUGGGAUUUGGCACCCUUUGGCUCCUUGUAUGUAUGAUGAUGUGAAAGAGUAUUUGAAUUGGUAUGGUACUAGAAGGGAUGCAAAUGAGAAGCUGAAGAGUCCGAAUGCACCUGUCAUUGGUUUGGUUUUGCAAAGGAGUCAUAUUGUGACUGGGGACGAUGGACACUAUGUGGCUGUGAUCAUGGAGCUGGAGGCUAGAGGGGCUAAGGUCAUUCCCAUUUUUGCUGGUGGACUUGACUUUUCAGGGCCAGUGGAGAAGUUCUUCAUUAAUCCAAUUACGAAGAAACCAUUUGUGAAUUCUGUGGUAUCCCUCACUGGCUUUGCUCUUGUUGGAGGGCCAGCAAGGCAGGACCACCCAAGGGCGGUUGAGGCUUUGAUGAAACUUGAUGUUCCUUACAUUGUUGCCCUGCCACUGGUGUUUCAGACAACUGAAGAAUGGCUCAAUAGUACUCUUGGUCUGCAUCCAAUACAGGUUGCUCUUCAAGUUGCUCUGCCAGAGCUAGAUGGAGGCAUGGAGCCAAUUGUUUUCGCUGGUCGAGAUCCUAAAACAGGAAAAUCUCAUGCUCUACAUAAGAGAGUGGAACAGCUCUGCAUCAGGGCAAUCAGAUGGGCUGAACUGAAAAGAAAAUCAAAGGAAGAGAAGAAACUAGCAAUCACCGUCUUCAGCUUCCCUCCAGACAAAGGAAAUGUGGGAACUGCUGCCUAUCUCAAUGUAUUUGCCUCUAUAUACUCAGUCAUGAAAGAACUAAAAAGAGAUGGUUACAAUGUUGACGGGCUUCCAGAGACUCCAGAAGCUUUGAUUGAAGAGGUUAUUCAUGACAAAGAAGCUCAAUUCAGCAGUCCAAAUUUGAACAUUGCUUACAAAAUGAGUGCCCGUGAGUACCAAAAUUUGACUCCCUAUUCCACAGCACUGGAAGAGAAUUGGGGAAAACCCCCUGGCAAUCUGAAUGCAGAUGGAGAAAAUCUGUUGGUAUAUGGGAAACAAUAUGGUAAUGUCUUCAUAGGUGUUCAGCCCACAUUUGGCUAUGAAGGGGAUCCAAUGAGGCUGCUUUUCUCCAAAUCUGCUAGCCCUCAUCAUGGAUUUGCAGCAUAUUAUUCCUUUGUUGAGAAAAUCUUCAAAGCUGAUGCUGUACUUCAUUUUGGGACACAUGGUUCCCUUGAAUUCAUGCCUGGAAAACAGGUGGGGAUGAGUGAUGUAUGCUACCCUGACAGUCUGAUUGGUAAUAUUCCAAAUGUGUAUUACUAUGCUGCAAACAACCCUUCUGAGGCCACCAUAGCCAAGCGCAGAAGUUAUGCAAACACCAUUAGCUAUCUGACUCCUCCAGCGGAAAAUGCUGGACUAUACAAAGGUCUUAAGCAGUUAAGUGAGCUCAUCUCCUCAUAUCAGUCCCUCAAAGACACUGGCCGUGGAGCACAAAUUGUGAGUUCCAUUAUCAGCACAGCUAAACAGUGUAAUCUUGACAAAGAUGUGACACUGCCAGAUGAGGGUGAGGAGAUCACACCUAAAGAGCGCGACCUUGUGGUUGGAAAGGUGUAUUCCAAGAUCAUGGAGAUUGAGUCUCGUUUGUUACCUUGUGGGCUUCAUGUCAUUGGUGAGCCUCCUUCAGCCUUGGAAGCUGUUGCUACACUGGUCAACAUUGCUGCACUUGAUCGUCCUGAAGAUGAUAUUUCUUCUCUUCCAUCAAUAUUAGCUGACACUGUAGGAAGAGAUAUAGAAGAUGUGUAUAGAGGAAGUAACAAAGGAAUAUUGAAGGAUGUAGAGCUUCUUAGGCAAAUAACUGAGGCAUCACGUGGGGCAAUCACUGCCUUUGUGGAGCGCACUACCAAUAGUAAGGGUCAAGUUGUUGAAGUAGCUGAUAAGCUUACCUCAAUCCUUGGAUUUGGCAUAAAUGAGCCAUGGAUUCAGUAUUUGUCAAACACCAAAUUUUACCGAGCUGAUAGGGAAAAACUUAGAACCUUGUUUAUGUUCCUGGGAGAAUGCUUGAAGUUGGUUGUGGCCGAUAAUGAAGUGGGAAGUUUAAAGCAAGCCUUGGAAGGUAAAUAUGUGGAGCCAGGGCCUGGUGGUGACCCAAUAAGAAAUCCUAAAGUUCUGCCAACAGGAAAGAAUAUUCAUGCGCUGGACCCCCAAGCUAUUCCUACAACGGCUGCAAUGCAGAGUGCCAAAAUAGUGGUAGAUAGGUUGAUCGAGAGGCAGAAAGCUGAGAAUGAUGGAAAAUAUCCCGAGACAAUUGCACUUGUAUUGUGGGGAACUGAUAAUAUUAAAACAUAUGGUGAAUCCCUGGCUCAGGUCUUGUGGAUGAUUGGUGUGACACCAGUGGCUGAUACCUUUGGUAGGGUAAACCGGGUGGAGCCUGUUAGUCUUGAAGAGCUUGGAAGGCCUAGAAUUGAUGUUGUUGUUAAUUGCUCCGGAGUGUUUAGAGACCUUUUCAUCAAUCAGAUGAACCUUCUAGACAGUGCAGUGAAGAUGGUUGCUGAAUUAGAUGAACCAGCAGAGCAAAACUUUGUAAGAAAGCAUGCGUUAGAACAAGCUCAAGCCCUUGGAGUUGAAGUUCGAGAGGCAGCAACGAGGAUAUUCUCUAACGCCUCCGGCUCCUACUCCUCAAACAUAAACCUGGCUGUGGAGAAUUCCUCAUGGAAUGAUGAAAAGCAGCUCCAGGACAUGUAUCUUAGCAGAAAGUCUUUUGCUUUUGAUUGUGAUGCCCCUGGUGCUGGCAUGACUGAGAAAAGAAAAGUCUUUGAGAUGGCUCUUAGCACAGCAGAUGCCACAUUCCAAAACCUUGAUUCAUCAGAAAUUUCCCUCACUGAUGUUAGUCAUUACUUUGACUCAGACCCAACUAAUCUGGUUCAAAAUCUAAGGAAAGAUGGGAAGAAGCCUAGUGCAUACAUUGCUGAUACAACUACAGCCAACGCUCAGGUUCGUACACUUUCUGAGACAGUUAGACUUGACGCAAGAACCAAACUGUUGAAUCCAAAGUGGUAUGAAGGCAUGUUGUCUACUGGAUAUGAGGGUGUUCGUGAGAUUGAGAAGAGACUAACCAAUACAGUGGGAUGGAGUGCAACUUCAGGCCAAGUUGACAAUUGGGUGUAUGAAGAAGCCAACACAACUUUCAUUCAAGAUGAGCAAAUGCUGAAAAAGCUCAUGAACACUAAUCCAAACUCCUUCAGGAAGCUGGUGCAGACAUUCUUGGAAGCCAAUGGACGUGGUUACUGGGAAACUUCAGAAGAUAAUAUUGAGAAGCUGAGGCAGUUAUAUUCGGAGGUGGAAGACAAAAUUGAAGGCAUUGAUCGCUGA